CUGAGGAUGAGCCGGAAGCUCGCUCCCGAAGCAAAUCGGAUUCUCUUCGUCAAGAACCUUAACUACAACGUAACGGCAGAGCAACUCUUUGACCUUUUCGGCAAAUUUGGGCCUAUCCGGCAAAUCCGCCAAGGUAUCGCCAACAACUCCAAGGGAACUGCAUUUGUUGUCUACGAGGACGUACACGACGCCAAACAGGCAUGCGAUAAGCUCAAUGGCUUCAACUUUCAGAACAGAUACUUGGUUGUAUUGUAUCACCAGCCGGAAAAGAUGCUCCGUUCGAAAGAGGAUCUUGCAGAGAGACAGGAAAACCUCGAACGACUUAAACAGCAGCAUGGAAUAGAAUGA